AGCUGUGAUCCUAUUAGUAAAAGUUAAAUUACUGUUAGGACAAUCAUAGAGAGAAAAGAUAGUAGCUGAUGAAGCAGCAAAGCUAGAGAUAAUCACAGCAUACCUAAGCUAGAGCUGAAGCAAAUAACUAAAAAUUUCCUGAUCUCCAAAUACAAGACUCAGAUAAUCACAGCUAGUCUGAUCGAUUCAAAUUCCAACCAUCUUUCACCAGGAAACUACCAGAAUUCAGCUACUGCAACUGCUCCAACUAAACAAAAGAGUCGAGACCGGUGCUUAUUUGGUGGAUCUUCUUCCACUCACUGCCUGUCUUCGCUCCAUCUUUGGCUAAAAAAGUUAGCUACUUUGAUUUCCUUCUCAGGAAUCAUGGGCAAUUGCUACUCCGUGCAAUGUAGUUUCGAGAAUUCCCUUCUUCGUGGCUGGGAUUUCAUUGUUGGCCAUGCUAAUUAUGUCUGCAAACUUAAACAAACUCUUCCAACUUUAUCCACUGCUCUUCAAGAACUCAGGGCGCAAAGAAAUGACGUGCAACGGGAGGUUGAUGUGGCUGAACAACGACUAUUGGAGUCAUUUCAGGGAGUUCAGCUAUGGCUUUCAACAGCGGAAACUAUAAUAACAGAGGCGGAAAAAUUGGUUUCAAAUGGUCCCCAACAAAUGAAUAACUUGUGUCUCGGUGGCUGCAUUUCCAAGAAUUGCUUGUCUAGCUACAAGUUUGGUAAACAAGUGGCCGAAAUGCUUCAAAAAAUAACUGAUCAUAAGAGUAAAGGAGCUUUUAAGAAGGUAGCGGAGAAUCAGCCCGCAGCUUCAGUGGUAGUUAGACCUGAAGAGCAGCCGAUUGCUCUAGAAUCCACAAUCCAAAAGGCAUGGAGCUGUAUAAUGGACAAAGAUGUGGGGAUCAUUGGCCUCUAUGGCUUGGGGGGCGUUGGCAAGACAACACUCUUGACCAAACUCAACAACAAGUUCAGCACCACAACCAAUGAUUUUGAAGUUGUUAUCUGGGCGUUGGUGUCUAAAGAUUUUGAUGUUGGAAAGAUUCAAGACAGGAUUGGUGGAAAUCUUGGUUUUCCGGACGGAUCCUGGAAGAAUAAACAUGUUGACCAGAAAGCUGUAGAUAUCUAUCGGAUCUUGAGUAAUAAGAGAUUUGUUGUAUUAUUGGAUGAUUUAUGGGAAAGGGUGGAUUUGAACCAAGUUGGGAUACCAAAACCAAGCCAAGAAAAUGGUUCCAAACUUAUUUUUACUACUCGGUCUUUGGAGGUGUGCGGCGAAAUGGAAGCUCAAAAGAAAAUCAAAGUGGAGUGCCUGGAAACGGAGAAAGCUUGGGAAUUGUUUCGAGACAAGGUUGGAGAUGAAACUCUCAACAGCCAUCCAGAUAUUCACAAUCUAGCUAAAGAAGUAGCUGAAAGGUGCGGUGGAUUGCCUCUUGCACUAAUUACAAUCGGUCGUGCCAUGGCUUGCAAGAAAACACUUGGGGAAUGGAAAUAUGCAAUUGAGAUGUUGAAGCGAUGUGCAUUGCCAAAAUUAGAAAAUGAGGUAUUUCGGCUUUUAAAAUUCAGUUAUGAUAAUUUGCCUAAUGCCACAAUGAAAAGUUGCCUCCUAUAUUGUUGUCUAUAUCCUGAAGAUUAUUGUAUUCCCAAAAAGAGAUUAGUGGAAUAUUGGUUUUGUGAAGGGCUGUUGAAUGAAUUUGAUAGAAUUAGUGAAGCUCAAAUGCAAGGAGACAACAUUAUCGGCUCUCUUCUGAAUGUUUGUUUAUUGGAAAAUGGUGGUGUAAUAGGUGGAGAAGAUUGUGUGAAGAUGCAUGAUGUGAUCCGUGACAUGGCUUUCUGGAUUACACGCGAGUUCGAAGCAACAGAGGAUAGUUUUUUUGUAAAGGCAGGGGCUCAAUUAUUUGAAGAACCAGAUGUUAAGGCAUGGGAAAAUGUAAAAAGAAUGUCAGUGAUGAAAAAUAAGAUUGCAGUUCUCAAAGAAACACCCAAAUGCCCUAACCUUCGAACCUUGUUCCUUAGCCAAAAUGAGUUGCAAAUGAUCAGCAAUGGUUUCUUCCAAUUUAUACCUCGUGUAACUGUUUUGGAUUUGUCAGGAAAUGGAUAUUUACAAGUGUUGCCUGAGGGAAUUUCACAAUUGGUUUCGUUAGAAUGUCUUGAUCUAUCUCUUACUGGUAUAUCAGAGUUGCCAAUAGAGUUGAAAGCGUUGACAAAACUAAAAAUGUUGGACUUGAGUUAUAUGCGCAAUCUCAGAAAAAUCCCACAACAUUUGAUAUCUAGUUUUUCCAAGUUGCAAAUAUUCAGAAUGUGUGAGGUGCGGGAUAUAGAUGAUCAUGAUGAAGACAAUGUUUUGAAAGGAGGUGAUGAAAAGCUUAUAGAGGAGUUGAAAGGUUUGCAACGUUUGAAUAUACUAAGUAUAGAGAUAAAAAGCGUGCUUUGUCUAGAAAGAUUUCUGAGCUUUAACUUGUUUCGGUGUUGGACCCGAGCACUGAUACUUAAAGAUUUUAGAGAAUCAGAAGUGUUUAAUGUUUUAUGCUUAGAAAAUUUGGAGCGUCUAGAGACACUAGAAUUCUCGGAUUGUGACAGUAUGGAGGAGAUAAAACUGGAAAAGCUGCAUACAUGGGUUUCUUCAAGUACUAAUUAUACUUCACGGUUUCACACAUUAAGCAUAGUUCAAAUUAGGGGAUGUUCCAAAUUGAAAGACGUGACUUGGGUGAUUCUUGCUCCAAAUCUAAGGAGUCUCGUUGUAUGGCAGUGUAUAAAAAUGGAAGAAAUAUUGAGUGAGGAAAAACUUGAUGAAGUUGCAGGUGUGAUUGGAAUUCCAUACCCUAAACCAUUUCUAAAGCUUGAGUCACUUAAUUUAAUUUAUCUACCGAAAUUGAAACGCAUAUAUCGGGAUGCCCUACCCUUUCCAUGUCUGACAUUUAUUCGAAUAUAUAAGUGCAAAGAAUUGAAGAAGCUUCCUCUCAACUCAGAUAGUGCAAAAGGGAAUCUGCUCAGCAUUAAGGGAGAAAAAUUUUGGUGGGAAAAAGUAGAAUGGGAAGAUAAAGCCACUCGACAUGCUUUUCUCCCUUCUUUUAAGCCUUUUAAGCGUAGAUACUAAAAAUUGCAAAGUGGUUCAUUGUUGUGUGAUGUUUGAAUUUUGAAUGUGUGUAUAUAUAUAUAUUACAUGCAGUUUAGUAAGUGUGAAUUGUUAAUCCAAAUUAAUUUAGACAUGCAUGUAUAUAUUUUUCAUAUUUUAAUUAUAUCAUUGUCAAUUUAUUAA